AUUGGCAUGGAGUCAAUUUAAAAGUCAAGCUUUCCUCUUUGGAAGGGAAAAUCGAAAUUCUUUUCCAUUUGCAUCCCAAAUCAAUGUAGCGUUUUCCAUUUCUAACCAAACUGUUUCUUUCUACACUCUUCCAAUAAUUGAAUUCCCAAUUCCCAAUGGAGCUUUUGAACCCUUUGCUUCCUCCUCAGCCUCACCAUGCACCCAUUUUGCACCUUCCCUUUCACGGGGUUCCCUCUUCUUCUCGAUCUCAAUCUCAGGUUUCCUUUCCUAUGGAAGAAUCCUCUGGUAAGGUUCAUGUAGCUGUUGGGAAAUCCAUAGAGAAAGCAGCUACCUUGCUUCAAUGGGCUUUCACCCAUUUUCGGAAAACAGAAAUUAUCAUAAUUCAUGUUUAUCAACCAUCUCUCACCAUCCCCACUCUAUUGGGGAAAUUGCCAGCAUCACAGGCUAGUCCUCAAGUGGUGGCUGCCUUUCGAAGAGUGGAAAGAGAACAAACUAUGAAGCUUUUGGACAAGUACUUGACAAUUUGCCGCGCAGCUAAGGUUCAGGCGAGCGUUAUUGUAACUGAAACUGACCAAGUCCAAAAAGGAAUUGUUGAUUUGGUUAUUAGGCAUAAUAUUAAGAAGCUUGUUAUUGGAGCUGUACCAGAAAAUUGCAUCAAAGUGAAAAGGAAUUCUGGUAAAGCAAACUACACUGCCAAAAAUGCUCCCUCAUUCUGUGAAGUAUGGUUUAUCUAUAAAGGUAAACACAUUUGGACAAGAGAGGCUUCUGAAACACCAUGUUCCUUGUCUUCUUGUACUCAACAUGAUAUUUCCACCACAGAAAGCUUGAGAUGUAGAUCUUUUCAAUAUGGUAACAAUGAACUAUGCCAAUCAGAAUAUCUUCAACCAAAUUCUGCAAGAACUACUACUAGUUCUGGAAUUAGAAGUUGUGUUCAGGGGGAAAUCAUUGAAACUGGAGUCACUUUUUCAUCCAAAUCAUCCAGUUGUAGCAGUCUUUGUUCCCCCCAAAAUUUUUCAGGGGUUUAUUUAGAUACAUAUUUAGAGGUCAUGGAAGAAAGAAUUAACAACCAACUUACUGAAACCAAAAGGGAAGCUGAGGCAGCAACAGACGAAGCCUUUGCAGAGUUAUUAAAGUGCAAGAGAUUGGAAGUUGAAGCCAUGGAGGCCAUAAGGAAGGUCAAUUUGUUUGAAUCAGCCCAUGCACAUGAAGUAAAGCUCAGAAAAAAGGAUGAGGAUGCACUAAGAGCUGCAGUACAAGAACAACAGAAGCUCUUGGAUGAGAGUGAAGAAAUUGCUGGUGAGCUACAAAUGACCAUGAGAAAUAUUGCCCUACUAGAUAGUCAUGCUCAGGAAGCAAACCACCGGCGAGAUGAAGCUGCAGAUGAGUUAUCACUGAUUCAAGCAUCCAUCUCAACCCUAUGGCCGGAGUGGCAGCAUAUCAGGAGGCAGAAAAUGGAAGCCCUCCGCUGGCUUGAGCGGUGGAAAAGUCAUGGACAAGUUGGAGCAGCUCAAUGUGGGGUCAUUGGAUUUGCUGAAGAAUUACCCGAGUUAGCAGAAUUUUCAUUAUCAGAUCUUCAAAAUGCCACAUGUAAUUUUUCCAAGAGCUUUAAAAUUACACAAGGCGGAUACGGUUGUAUAUAUAAGGGGGAAAUAUUGGGUAGGACUGUUGCUAUAAAGAAGUUCCAUCAACAUAAUGUGCAAGGACCAGUGGAGUUUCAUCAAGAGGUUCAAGUUCUUGGUAAUCUCCAGCAUCCUCAUUUAAUCACUUUGCUUGGUGUUUGUCCUGAAGCUUGGUCAAUUGUAUAUGAGUACCUCCCCAAUGGAACUCUUCAAGACUACCUAUUCCGGAAAAGCAAUAACUUCCCUUUGACAUGGAAUAUCCGAGCACGAAUGAUUGCUGAAAUUGCCAGUGCACUAUGCUUCUUACAUUCUUCUAAACCUGAAACUAUUAUUCAUGGUGAUCUGAAGCCUGAAACUAUACUACUUGAUUCUUCACUUAGUUGCAAGAUAUGUGAAUUUGGGUUCUGCAGGCUGGUGAAUGAGGAGUCUCUCCUUCGUCCUAGUUUCCGUUUGAGCACUGAACCAAAGGGUGCUUUCACGUAUACAGAUCCUGAGUUUCAGAGAACUGGAAUACUAACACCCAAGUCUGACAUCUACUCUUUUGGGCUAAUCAUUUUGCAACUUCUUACUGGUAGGACUACAGUUGGAUUAGCAGUUUUAGUACGCAACGCAGUUUCAUGUGGAAAAUUGUCUUCAAUUCUGGAUUCUUCAGCUGGAGAAUGGCCUUCAGCUGUGGCAACACGAUUGGCUGAACUAGGAUUGCAAUGCUGUCAACAAAGUCGUAGAGACAGACCAGAGUUAACACCUACUUUAGUGAGAGAAUUGGAGCAGUUACAUGCUUCAGAAGAGCGACCUGUGCCAUCUUUUUUCUUAUGUCCAAUCCUUCAGGAAAUAAUGCAUGAUCCACAAGUUGCAGCAGAUGGAUUUACCUAUGAAGGAGAUGCCAUACGUGAAUGGUUGGAAAAUGGACAUGAUACUUCUCCCAUGACUAAUUUAAAAUUGAGUCACCUGUUUCUUACUCCAAAUCACGCACUUCGACUUUCCAUCCAAGACUGGCUUUGCAAAUCUUGAAUCUUUUAUUCAUUUAGGCCAAAGUGCUCUUUUUAACCUCAUUAGUAUGGGGCUAGUUUGUUUUAGUCCCAUGAUUUCUUUUGUGUGGUUGUAAAUCUAUUUUGUGUUCCACAUACAUUGUCAAUUUGAUUUGAUACCAACCCUUUAGUAGGUUAACUGUAGUUGACGAAACUUGCCAACGUUAGGAAAAAACAAAAUUGUAUUUUGGCCGUCCCACCAAGAGAAAAUAAGAAAUAAAAGGGAAGGUAAGAGAUGGUCAUCUUCUGUUGCUCUGUGCAUCCGUCAUUAACAUGACUCAAAAUGUUAUGGGAUUAAACUGACUCUUGUCCUAUAUUAAGGGGGCAAAUGGAACACGUUAGCCCUUUUAUUUGUGUACGUUAACAAAUAUAUGUAGGUUAUUUUUUACACAUCGAUUUUCCUUAAUACUUUCUAGUUUCAGCAAUUGUAAGUGUUUAAUGAUACGAGUCACUGAAAUGUGAUCAAAUUGACUGCUUGUCCAUUCACAAUUGUAAUACAUAUUAGAAAUGUGGAUCUCACCUCCAUAUUUUAAG